AUAUGAGUCGUAAGACUCGGUGACGUAUGAUCGUCGUCUCAGCCACCACGCCACUACGAUCGAACAUCUCAUCCGCUUGCAGAUUGGCAAACGAACGACAGGGAAACCUUCCUAAGAGGCCACACAUAUCCAUAAAGCUCUCGCAUACCGGCUCUCGCAUAUCGGCCCUUCAAGAGCCUCACCACUUAUCCGCGCUCAGCGCCGCAGCAGCGUACGGAUGCUGCUCGAACCGCAAUGGCUGGUCUAGCUCAUACGGCACCAGCGGCAGUAGCUGCCAAAAACAUGUGGCAUGCUCUCGUCCAAGUUCGUCAACUGAAGGUCCCGCAUAAGCGGGCGUUCCUCUUCCUCCAGCAGCUCAUUCUCAAGCACGGCGCUCAUGCAUACUGUAAAGACACGAUAUCCGUGAAGGAAGUCUGAGACGGCCUCGACUUCUUCUGCUCGUCGCGGAGUCAUGCCAUCAAGAUGGUCGACUUCCUGUCAGGCGCUGUCCCUAUACGCAGCGCGACCAGAAGAAGGUCGA